AUGCCGAUGCUCAAGGAUCCAUCAAAAAAGUACAAGCCUUACAAGCCUCUGAAUCUCCCCAACCGAACAUGGCCCGACAAGCAGAUCACCUCUGCGCCUCGCUGGCUGGCGACAGAUCUGCGUGACGGCAACCAAUCUCUGCCGGAUCCUAUGGACGGAUCUCAAAAGUAUCGUUUCUUCAAGAAACUGGUGGAACUCGGCUACAAGGAGAUCGAGGUCUCAUUCCCUUCCGCGUCUCAAAUUGAUUUCGACUUCACCCGCCGCCUCGUAGAAGAGCCUGGUCUCACGCCCGACGAUGUUUGGCUGCAGGUGCUUGCGCCUUGCCGUGAGGAUCUCAUUCGUCGCACUGUCGACUCCCUGAGGGGGGCCAAGAAGGCAAUUCUGCACAUCUAUCUCGCCACCAGCCCUUGUUUCCGUCAGAUCGUCUUCAAUAUGGACAAGAAACAAAGUCUGGCCAAGGCCGUCGCGUGUACUAAGUAUGCUCGUUCGAUCACCAAGGACGAUCCCUCCAUGGCGGGCACGGAAUGGCAAUUCGAGUUUUCCCCGGAGACGUUCUCAGAUACCGAGCCCGAGUUUGCGGUCGAGGUCUGCGAGGCUGUCAAGGCUGCAUGGGAGCCAACGGUUGAGAACCCCAUCAUCUUUAAUCUCCCUGCCACGGUAGAGAUGUCCACACCCAAUGUUUAUGCCGACCAGAUCGAGUACUUCUGCACCUCCAUGACAGAGCGCGAGAAAUUCGUCGUUUCCCUGCAUCCUCACAACGACCGUGGCUGUGCCGUUGCGGCUGCUGAGCUGGCGCAGAUGGCGGGCGCCCAACGUGUUGAGGGUACUCUUUUCGGUAAUGGUGAGCGGACUGGUAAUGUUGACCUGGUCACUCUCGCUCUCAAUCUUUAUACACAGGGUGUCUCUCCCAAUGUCGACUUUUCCGAUAUCCCCUCGGUCAUCCAGCUCGUGGAAGAAUGCAACAAGAUUCCGGUCAACGAGCGCUGGCCUUAUGGCGGUGCUUUGGUCACAAGUGCCUUCAGCGGAAGUCAUCAAGACGCUGUCAAGAAGGGUUUCGCUGUUCGCGAAAAGGCAGGUGCUACCGACGAGGACGAAUGGGUCAUGCCGUACCUUCCCCUGGACCCCAAGGAUAUCGGGCGCAAUUACGAGGCUGUCAUCCGUGUCAACUCACAGAGCGGCAAGGGCGGAGCUGCAUGGAUCAUCCUCCGUACCCUGGAACUCGAUCUCCCCCGCGGUCUGCAGGUCGAGUUCAGCAAGGUUGUGCAAAAGGAAACCGAGCGGGUCAACCGCGAACUUCGUCCCUCCGAGCUCGUUUCCCUCUUCGAAGAGGCGUAUCACCUCAAGUCCAAUCCUCGCUUCACCCUCGUCGACUACAACAUCACCACCGACCGCUCCCAGUCCCCUGCACCUCCUGAGCCCGGCAAGGCUCUCAACACACAAAACCUCAAGCGUCGCUUCACCGGUAUCAUUGAGAUUGACGGUGAGCAGCACGCAAUCACUGGUGUCGGUAACGGUGCCAUCUCUGCUCUUGCUGCCGCCCUUUCAACUCUCAGCAUUGAUCUCGACGUUGUCGAUUACAAGGAGCACUCGAUCAGCCAGAGCAAUUCUGGCGGUCUAGGUCGUGAAGUGAAGGCUGCUACAUACAUUCAAUGUACCGCUGCCGGCAGCAAGGAUCAAGUCUGGGGUGUUGGUAUUCACGCCGAUGUGGUACAAGCUUCCCUGAUUGCUUUGCUCAGCGCGGCUAGCUCCUUCCUCGCCUCUCACGCUGGAUCACCAGCUCCCUUCCGUCCUAUCCGCUCCAACACUCUCACAAAUGAAGACAUUCACGCUCUCGAAGAGCUGACAGGAUCAUCUGAAUCAGCUACUGCCAACGGCGGUCUCGCGCCCAAAGCCAACAUUGAAGCUCUCACUCGCCAGGCUGACAUGCAGUAG